UGUCUGCCCCGCAGUAUCCCUCAGACAACACGGAGGACGCUAGCAGCUCCGGCAGCCCCAGCAGGACGCUCCGAACACUGCUGCACAUGUUUUUAAUCGAAGACCAGCCCGCAGAGGACCACCUGAGACAAGAUGUACCACUCUGACCACGGCGUAGACUUCCCUGACCUCUCCUUUCAAAUCCCUGGCAGCCCUGCAGAGCUGCACCAAGCUAACAGAGAGUAAAACCAAACCCCAGCAGGCUUCAUCCUUCCCCCUCUUCAGCCACUCCCUCCUCCAGCUCCACUCCCAGCCUCCCUCCUCCUGGACCAUGGACAGCCCUCCGAAGCUGUCCGGUGAGACCCUGAUCGUGCACCACAUCCCCCUGGUGCACUGCCAGGUGUCGGGCCGUCGGCAGGGAGGCUGCGGGAGCUCUCUGAAGAGGAGCAACCCCUUCAGCCCGCCGGAGAACCUGGGCUUGAGUCGCACCACUUCCCUCCCGGAGAGAGACGUCCUCCAGAGGGAAGCCCUCCUCUACAGCAGCCUCAUCCAGACCUCCAGCGGCUCCUGGGCCUCCAACGGGGGGAGGGAGAGGAAGGGCGGCGGGAGAGGAGGCAGCAUGGCGAGCGACGAUUCCUCGUUUGCCUCCAGCAACUCGGAGGACCAGCUGAUCACCGCUCACACCUUACCCAGAGCCAAACCCAGGAACAGGAAUCCGCUGCGUCACAAUCCGUUCCUGCUGAACACCGAAGACGACGAGGAUGAGGAAGAGGAGGAGGACGAGGGCGACAACCUCAGCGGCUACCUGGAGGACUCGUCUUUCCACCUCCACAGCGACGCCAAUUCCGACGGCUUGGCGCCCUUCCACCUGCACGACCUCGGAUUCGCCUCCGAGCCGUUCCUUCUGCACAGCUCGGUGGGGGGGAGCAGCCGGGAGUCUCUGAGAGGCGUGGCUUCAGAUCUGUCCGCCCACCUGGAGGACCUGGACAUCCUGGGCCUAGAUGGCCAGCGGCGCCACGGGAGCAGCGGCUCCAACAUGUCCAUGGACUGCGGGGAGCAGGACUGGGGCGACGACGACGAGGAAGACGAAGACCACCCGAUGAGGUGUGGUCGAAGCAGCAAGACGGGCUCGUACUCGUCUGGCUCGUCCACCCAGCACUGCUCCUGCUGCACCCUGUCCCAGAACUACCCCCAGAACUACCCCCAGCACUUCCCCGAGCCGUUCUCCGAGUGCCAGCAGGGCUACGGCAGCGACUCGUCCUGCAACAGCUCCGACGGCGUCCUCGUCAACUUCAGCGCCAUCUACAACAAGAUGAACAACGGCGUCCCGGAGAAGCCGCCGGCGUCCGGGACCGCCAACCUCAACAGCUCCACCGACCACUCCUGCACCUCCUCGGUGUCCGAUCUGCACCAGCGGGACACGACCGGAGGAGCUUUCUACCUGGACCUGCACACCUCCCCGACCGAGCCGCCGCCGUCCCACCAGCAGGCCUCCUUCCCCCUCAUCCGGGAGCCUCACCUGUCCACCUCCUCUACCUGCUCCUGCUCCGUGGAGCACCAGGGGCUCCUGGACCUCGACGCCAACUGCAACUCCUUCCACCCGCCUCCUCGCGCCGGGUCCUCGGGCGACCUUGCCUCCUGCCUGCAGAGUCAGGCCCGGCUGGUGGUCGCCACCCAGAACUACUACAAACUGGUGACCUGCGACUUGUCGUCCCAGUCGUCUCCGAGUCCCGCUGGCUCCUCGGUCAACAGCUGCUCCGACGAACACAGCAAAGGAAGCCCGACGCCGACUCAGCCCAGCGAGUACUUCCUGUUCAGGCAGCGGGCCCAUGAGCAAGGCGUGGAAGAGGAGGAGGACGAAGAAGGAGAGUCAUCCAGGCGAGAUGAUGAUGACGAUGAGGAUAAUGAGGAGGAAGAAGAGGAAGGGAAGACGAAGGAGGCGGCCGGUGCUGCUGAAGCUUCUAACGCCAUGAUUGAAGGUCAGGUUUACGUGAACGUCUCCCCUCCGAUGGUGGGUCGAGGGGCCAUCGGCGCCGCCUCGGGAAGCCGUCCACGAUCCCGCAGCUACGACCGCAACCUGGACAAAUCCCCGUCGCCUCGCCUCGGCUCUUUAGAGCGCAUGCUGAGCUGCCCGGUCCGGCUCAGCGAGGGCGCCGCUCCAACACCGCCUCCACCGCCCAGGGUCACCUCCUUCGCGGAGAUCGCCAGGAGCAAACGCAGGAACGGAGGCAACGGAGGGUCGCCGUCCACCAAGGCGGCGGCGGCGAUGGACCCCUUCUCCUCCACCUACUCCACCCACUCCCACUCCUCGGUGGAUUUCUCUCCGAUCCUGGAGCAGCGGGUCGAGGCGGACAGUCAGCUGUCACCUGUUCCGUUCACCAGGUGUUACAGUCAGGGCAGCAUCGAGAGACACCUGGAGGGGGCGAGAGAGACCCGGGCCAAGGCUGAAGGUGGUCUCUCCACGUCCUCAGACAGCCGCCCGGCGGUGGUCCGCUACUCUAAGGACCAGCGACCCACCACGCUGCCCAUCCAGCCCUUCACCUUCCACCACCAGUUCUCCUCCAAGCCCCCCCAGCCCAAGCCCCUGCUGCCCCUGCUGACCGGCUACGUCUCUGGGAUGCAGACUCGCUCCAGCUCGGGUUCCGGCUCCGGCUCUGGAGGUCCGGUCGGGGAGGACGGUGAGGACGGAGCUGGAAACAGAUUCCAGGGCUCCCUCAGCACGGCGGCUCCUCCUCCCGGCUCGGUCCGGCCGUCGCCUCUCGGCAGCUACUCCCCGGUCCGGCUCCAAGGGGCCCCCAGCUCUGGGACCUGCUCCACCUGCAGCCCCAGUCCUCAGCCCACCCACAGCCUCUCCUGCCCCCUCUCUGCAGGACUCGGACCCCUGCACACCCCACCCACAGUGAAGCAGGGAGGCGGGUCGGCGCCGUUGCCCCUGACUCCUCCACCUUCCUCCCUGGGGGCAAAGAGAGGGGCGGUGCCGCCGAUGCUGCCGGCGGUUCAGGGACACUGUUUCCACCGAGGAUCUCUGUCCAGUUUACCGUCACUCCACAGCGACACACUGAGCCCACUGGGCUGCGUGGACUCUGGAAAACAUGCAGAGGGAAGCAAAGGUCCUGGAGCCAGGAGUCAUAAUGCGCACCACCUCUCUCCUCAGGCUCUCAAAUGGAGGGAGUACCGGCGUCGAAACCCUCUGGGUGUGGAGAGGGCGUCUGGGGGCCACUCCUCUGGUGGAUCGGAGGCCAGGAGGGGCGGGGGACCCAGACCGACCCGGCGCAAUGUGUUCGAUUUCCCUUCGACCCACUCUGGCCACUCGCUGGGACGCCUCAAUGUCGGUCAGUCGGCGAAGCUGCAGCAGAGCUACAGCGACUUCCUGCCAGAUUAUUUCUCACUGACGGAGAAACCUCCAGAGGAGUUCUGCCUCUCCCCAGACGCCUCCACCUCCUCUUCCUCCUGCUCUUCCUCACAGUCGCAGAUCUCCAUCGACCUGACGCAGAAGAGAGGUUUGGUUAAAGCCGUGAACACAGCGGUGGAUCUGAUCGUGGCUCACUUUGGCACCAGCAGAGACCCGGACGUGAAGGCUAAACUGGGGAACAGCUGGGUCAGUCCCAACGUGGGCCACCUCAUCCUCAAGUAUCUUUGCCCGGCGCUGCGUGAGGUUCUGCAGGACGGACUGAAGGCCUACGUCCUGGACCUGAUCAUCGGACAGAGACGCUGUCAGCCCUGGAGCCUGGUGGAGGCGUCCACACAGCUGGGUCCGUCCACUCGUGUCCUCCACAGCUUGUUCUCUAAGGUGAGCCAGUACUCGGAGCUCACCAGCCACAGCAUGAGACUGAACGCCUUCAUCUUCGGUUUGCUCAACCUGAAGUCUUUGGAAUUCUGGUUCAACCACCUUUACACACAUGAAGAUAUCAUAGCAGCACACUACAGCCCGUGGGGUUUCCUUCCCCUCUCUCAGGGGGCCUGCCAGCCUCUUUUUGAAGAGCUUCUCCUCCUGCUGCAGCCGCUGUCGCUGCUCCCCUUCGACCUGGACCUGCUGUUCGAGCCCCACCUCCUCCAGAAAGGCCAGGAGCAGCUCCGUCGCAAAGAGCAGCUGUGCUCCGCCGGCCAGAGCGCCGAGCACUCGAGCCGCUCCACCUUCCAGCUCAUGAGGGGCUGGAGCGCCACCGUCAGCGAGAUGGUCCGAGACUCCGGCGCCGAGGCCAGGAAGGAGAGGACGGGGCUGAGGAGGGAGGGGACGUGGCCGAGGAUGGAGGUGGCCGGGAGAAGAGACGGAGGAGCGAAAACGAGGUUGAAGAAAGACGGAGCGACGACUGAGAGCAUGACGGAUGAUCCUGGUAGCAGAGCGACGGGGAUGGAAGUAGGGUUUGCUGAUCUGUGGAGGGAGAGAGGGAUGGAGGGGCAGAGGGUGAAAGGAGUCGGGCAGGAGAGCAGCGCAGAAAGUGAGGAUCUACAGGACAGGAGGAAGGGAGUUACCGCGGACGACGAGCGGCAGCGGCAGGACAGGCAGGCCGGGUGGUGGUACCAGCUCAUGCAGUCCUCCCAGGUCUACAUCGACCAAUCCACCGAGGGCUCCAAGUUCGUCAAGGCCGAGAAGAGGAAGAAGUCUUCAGAGAGGCGGCAGGGGCAACCGCCGCCCACCAGAGAGGGCGUGGUGGAGGGAGCGGAGUCCAGCCAGGAGGGGGAGAUCAGGAAAAGCUCCAGCAGCGACUCGGCCGGAUCCAGAGGGAGGCCUUCGUGGAUGGAGCCCCCAGAGUCGGUCCUCACGCAGGAGAAAGACUCGGAUCCUCCGGAGGCUCCAGGGACCGGAGCUCAAGCUGCAGCCCAGGAGGAGAGCCCCUCGCGGGGACAGAGUCUGCGCUGGGGGAGGCUCUUCGGCUCCAGCCUCGGUUCUCCUUUGAGAGCAGAGGGAGCUGAACAGAAGGCGAAAACCCAGAAGACCAGGCCUCCGUCAGGCUGGCUCGGUUUGGACAGAUCUGUUCUUGGCCUCGUGGCUCAGACUCUUGGAGGAGGAAGUGGAAAGAAGACAGAAAAUCCUGCCUCACCAAGUCACUCCCAAACCACAGCUUCAACAGCGUCCAACCGCCCGAGUGGAGCCAGACAGCAGUCGACGUGUGAAGUCCGAGCGUUGUGCCACCACAUAGCCACCGAGCCCGGCCAGCUGAGCUUCAACAAGGGCGACAUCCUGCGAGUUCUGAGCAAAGCCGAUCCCGAUUGGCUGCUGUGUUCUCUGGGCUCCACCCAGGGUUUGGUUCCCAUCAUCUACGUCACCCUCAGCGGCAUGGACGACAGCCAGGACGCCACCGGACUGGAGCAGUGCUGAGGAAACAAUCCACAAGACGACGCUCUGGAGACGGAAGGCCAUCCCUGUCACUUAGUUACUGUUUUGGGCUGUACUUUGGGACGGAUUCUUGACAAACUUUGUAGAAAAAAAUGCAGAAGAUGUACAGAUGCGUACGAGGGAAGCAUGCAGGCUCAACCACGAACUCACAUCUGCUUCAAGACCAGACAAAGUAUGCAUGCAUACAUCCAGAAACCAAAAGACCAGAAACAAACCCAAAGGCUCCAACUUGUUUCUCUGCGUCCGACUCGCUUCACUCUGUGACCGUCCAGUCUUUAGAUCGUCCAUCUCUGCUGUCAACAAACCAGAGGAGACGGUAAUCUUCGCUCUAUGAUAUACUGCAAACCUUUGCUGUUCUGUCUGUACGUUCACCUCGCUGUGCCACACCUGAACGCAGCGCUCAGUUUCUGUCCUCAGCCUGGUCUGCUGUCCCGUUGCUUACUUAGUGCUGAAUUCAUUCAAGUAGAGGCCGGUGAAUCUUUGCUCUUUUUUUGGUUUUUAGGAUGUAAGGUGGGUGAUCUAAAAGCAAAAAAAUGAACUUUCUGAUCCACUCUAGUAACAGAGAAUUUGAGAGUAGAAUGUCACACUGGAGUUUGUUUUAAAGGCUUUUUAACCAUUUAAAGUGAAAAGAAAACAAAAAAUAAUGGGUUUUUAUUUGUCACUGUUCAUCAAAGCCUGUUUUCUUGGAGACGAUUGAAUGAUUGAAUGAUUGAAUGGAUGUAUCGACCACAGACUGAUUAGAAAAGAUGGAUAGAGCCACUGUGACGUCACUCAUUGGUUUUAGGUUUGGCUUUCACUGUCUUUUCUUUUUUUUAAGGACUGCACAGUACCAUAUGUUGGUGACCUGUCAUUUUACGAGUCCACAAGGUCCACCAUUUCUACACUUUCUAUCCACUGUCGAUGUAAAAAGCCCUGCAAUGCAUUCUUGUGUUGAGUUUCAAGAGAUAGAGCAUUAUGUUGGAUGCUCCUCAUCUGCAUAAAAUUGAGGACUAUUUUAUGCUAUUCAGAAGCAUCUGGUGUGACUCUCUGCCUUUAGAAACUCCAAAACGACUUUUAAAGUAACCACUGUUGGCUUAAAAUGAGUAUAAAUUAAGUAUCUGCACACCUUAUUUCUUAACAACAACAGGCUAAAGUUUCCAAACAGGCCAACAUGUUGGUCCAGUUUGAAAUGCUGUAAGUCAAGCGUUCGUCCAAUCAGGUGCAACCAGUGAUUGUGCAGUUGUCGGAGUAUUGGUUUCCUGUUGGAGAAAACCUGUCUAAACUGUCAUCUAUUGUAACGCUGCCUAGUUGUACAGUCAUAAAGUGUCCAAUGCUGCGACUUGUAGACCCUUUGGAUACCUACCAUCAUCAGUCAAAGUAGCCACCACCUAAAACCUACGCUAGUUCAUCGUCUGUUUUCCUCCAAAUUCGUCAAUAAUUUACAAAAUAAACACCAUGCUGUAUUGAAGGAGACUUGAAACAAGUAGUUGAGACCAGAAACAUAUCAGGAAAAUGUCCACUAAGAGAGUAAAUCAAGUGAGAAGUAGGUUAAUUUUCUCAACAACUUCUGUAAAAUUGGAUUUCUUUUUGCAGCUAGAAGAGUCGCCCUCUGCUGGCUGUUAGAUGGGAUGCAGGUUUAUAGCACUUCUGUUUUGGCUUUGCUUUUCAAACCCGGAAACAACAUCCAUCUUAUAUAAAUUGUAUAAAACUAUGGUUGACACAAGCACCUGAAAACUGAAGCCAACAUAGGAGUGUCAAAAACUGCACUUCCUUAAAUGUCCACCAGAGGCUGGAGUCAAUCUCCAUAGACCUCCAUGUUAAAACGUCCAACUUUACAGCAGAAGUAAACAUCUUUACAGUCUGGAACAACAAAUGAUUUUGAUCUGUAGAGAUAAUUUCCCCUUUCAUGAGAACUUUAGAGGUGGGAAAUGUUUAAAUAUCUCACCUGUUUUAGUUGUAUUAAGACUUAAAGUUCUGCACAAUUACGUCAGUGUUUGCAUAGCCCCACAUCUUGACUAAUUUUUAUGUUAGCUUGGAGUUAAAAGGAGUCGAGGUGACGUCACAGAAGGUUAAUCCAUCUUUAUUUAAAGUCUUGAGUUGACCUUGUUUGAUUGCAUGUAACCUCACAAAAAUCUCUUUCCUGUUUCACAUGUGCUCAAACUCAAAUCCAAGAGGACGGCUUUUGAGGACAAACACGAUCGAGCGAGUUGGUACAUUCUGUAAAUGCAUAUAUGACUUAAUAGGAGGUUUAUUUAUUUAUUGACCUGUUUGAUUAACCGAAGGCAGCAUCUAAAUGGACAGGAAACAGGGAGGCCUGUGGGGAAAUUCUUCAAAACUAAUUAGUUCCAUGUUUUGAAUUUAAAAAGGGGUAAAAAAAAUCUCUUCUAUGCCUUAAAGCGCUUGAAGGAAAAAGAGGCAGACGCCCAGCUAGUGAGAUAAUAGCUGUCCUGAUUUUACAGUAUAUUUUCUAUAUGCUACGAUGUGUCAUUUUCCCCAGAUUGGCGUCUGCACAGAUGCUUCGGAGGAAAGUAUUGUGAAGAAAUAGAGAUCUAUGGUGAUAUUUUUGUGAUGCUUAAAGUGAAACCGCCGACGCAUUUCGUGCCGGCGGCUUUACAGACGCCGCUGCCUGUCGCGCCCAGGUGUAAAAAAUGUGGCCUUAGGUUCAAAAAGAGACGAUAAAGAACAAAAAACAAACGACGGCUGUAUCCAGUAAACCUGGAUAGACUGUGUUCACAUGGCCAGUCCAAAUAUUACACAUUAUAAGGUGGUAAAGUCUAUGUACAUUUAAUAAAUAAAUGAAUGCUUGUGUAUUUUUUGAGAAUCUUACAUAGGAUAUAAUUUUACCAUUAUUUUUGUUUCUCUUUUUGUUGCAUUAUUGUACAGUUUUUAUGAUUUUUAACGUUUAAUUUCGACCGCUCAUCGGAGUGUAAAUAUAUUUAAAUCAUGCAACGGUUCAGUUUCUGCCAUAGAGCUAUAUGUAUGAAUGUCAUUAAUGCAUUUUACGUUAACUACGGAAAGCAAGUAUAAGCUUCAGUUUCACCGCUAACAACCUGCUGACUAGAAUACGGAGUUUCAGAGGCAGUUUGCUGUUGGUUUGAAUUCAAAAACACAUCGUAGUAGAUUAAAACCAGAGAGGCUCAGGGGGUCAGAGGCAAAGACGGACUCACUUUUAAUUAGACUCGCUGAAAUUUGCAUUAAAAGUAGAAGAGGCAUCAACGAGAGGAAGAAAGAAGGAUGGUUUGUUCCUUUUUUCCUUCUCUCUGGUCUGUUUUCUCUGUGCUUUCUCUCUGCCGGCUGCCUCCUGCCUGUAAAUACCUUCGGCAUCAGUGACACUGCUCUUCUCUCUGUGUCCGGCUAUAUGAUGUGUACGUACGACAUUAUCAAACUACUAUGGAUGUUAAAUAACAAAGUGCUCAUGUGAUCACAAA